AUGCAUUUCAUAAAACAGGAUGCUGACAUCCCCUCCUGCUCAUUUCCUGUUUAUCAAGGAUAUGUUCUUGUACCAGACAAAGAGCAUCUGUAUGGGUUAAAACCACGCAUCUCACCCUAUAAGGUGUUUAUAAUGGGAACUAGCUCUGGAAAAGUGUUACCUGAGCCCUCCAAAAAUGGAUAUUUUUGCCUUAUCAACUCUGUUGUGAACUUCAAGAAACAAGAGACUGACAAGGAAAACUGUAAAGAGAAACAACAGGCUUGGCUUUGGAGGAGGAGAAGUGACAGAAGGGCUUCCCGGAGAGGAAUAUCAGAAGAAGUCAAAGAAUCGGUUCAUCUGGAGGAGCGGAUGACGAAUCCUAAUGCAAAGUUUCGUGCAAAGUUUGAUCCACGCGUCACAGCGAGGUAUGACAUCAAGGCUCUGAUCGGCAGCGGUAGCUUCAGCCGCGUGGUACGUGCUGAGCACAGACGCACACGCCAACCCUUCGCCAUUAAACUUCUGGAGGUCAAAGGUCGUGAGGGUCACGAGGCCUGUCAGGCAGAGCUCGGGGUCCUGCGACGGGUGAACCACUGCAAUGUCAUCCGCCUGGCCGAGGUGUUUGAGACGCAGUAUCGUGUCUAUCUGGUUCUGGAGCUGGCCACGGGAGGAGAGCUCCUGGAGCGCGUGGUCGCCCGAGGAACCUUCAGAGAACGGGACGCCACCAAGGCCUUGAUGAUGGUGUCCAGCGGGCUGCGCUAUCUACACACACUGGGCGUCAUCCACAGGGACCUCAAACCCGAAAACCUGCUGUACUACCAUCCGGGACAGGACUCGCGACUGAUCAUAACAGACUUUGGACUCGCUUGCUGGGAGAACAAGACGACGGUUUCAUUUCAGAGCAGAGGAGAUACAGCUGUUAUGACUCAGGAUGCAGAUUUCGACUCUGUAGAUGUUGAGAAGAGCUGUCAGGCUAAAGACUGGGCUGUGAGGACGCUCUGCGGCACGCCGGAGUACCUGGCCCCUGAGAUGCUGGCGCGCAGACCCUGCAGCAGCGCGGUGGAUAUGUGGGCGCUGGGAGUCAUCACUUAUAUCCUGCUGAGCGGCUCGCUGCCCUUCGACCAGAGCAGCCGACCGCGACUCUUCAGGGCCAUUCUCAGGGGCAGCUACAGUUUCCAUGGAGAUCCAUGGAAAUCAGUAUCUACAUUGGCCAAAAGCUUCAUCGAUCGUCUCCUGACCCUUGAGCCCGAGCACCGGAUGACUGCUGAGGAAACUCUCAAGCAUCCUUGGCUGGUCAGCAUGGCAGCCUGUUCCUCCAACAAGAACCUACACCGCUCCAUUUCCCGAAACCUCCAGCGGCGGGCGUCACGGGCCUCCUCUCGAUGCCCCAGCUCGGGCUCUACUCCUGGGUCUCGGAUAUCAAUGAGGUCUGGGUCACGGCUGGGUUCUGGGCCACGGUUAGGGCUCAGUGACUUGUCACAGUGCCAGAAGAUCGCUGCUUAGCAAGUUGAAGGUUUGGCUGGUUUGCAUGGAUCCAUUAUUUUAUCCAACAGCGCUAUCACUCAUCUGUGCUAUCAACAACCUGGUUGAUUCUAAAGAUCAGAGAGGAAUGAUCACUGAAAGGAAU